AUGGCUAACCCAAACUCACGCUCCUUGCAGCACAAGUCCCGCAGCCAGCCUGCUCCGCUGGCCAAGGGACGCCCCAGGCAGCGGCCGGCCCAAUCUGUAGAUACCAAUAUCCUCUCCUACGACAGGACGGAUCCCUUCUACGCCAUCAAUGUCCUCCGCAAGCUCCUUGGCUCCCUCCCUUCCCGUAUCGGAGGCUGCCAGUUCAAGCUCACUCCAGAGGAGCAUAAGCUCACACUUGGCCUCCUCACCAUCGUGGAACCCUUCAUUGGGCUUUCACCCUCCCGUCGUACCAUCACCCGUCAACCCACGGAGAUUCUUGACGGUAUCAUGUUUUAUCUAGACAACAAACGCGAUUUGCUUUCUCUUGCUCUUGCCUGCAAGCGCAUGCAUGGCGUCAUCUUCCCCCGUCACUUCGAGUAUCGCGUUAUCCGUGCCAAACCCAGCUCUCUGAGAGUUUGGAACCACCUUAUUGUUCACCGUUCCCUUGCUCGCAACGUCAGAAAGCUUGAAAUCAUGGAUGAGCGCUCCGCCGAGCCUGAAGUCGUUCCCUCUGGUAUUAUGACCACCGAUACUGAUGUGGAAUCAUCCGACGAUGAAUUAGGCAUGCAUGUCAAGCAAGAGCGUCUCCUUGUCGCAGCCAUCGCGAAGAUGUCUUCUCUUCGCUCUUUCCAGUGGUCCUGCAAUCAUUCCCCUGUCGCCAUCGACGCUGUUUGGCCUACCCUACUUAAAUGCCAAUCUAUCAGUGAGGUUGAGAUAAAUGAUAACCUGGUCUUCAGCUCUCGAAAUGUGCCACUACCGAAAGAUCCUCAGCGUAUACCCGUUAUGCGAGAUUUGAAGACCGUGGCUGUACAUUCCACCAGACACAUUUACGGAUGCGCGAAAAAUCCUCAGAUGGCACGCAUUAAUGGAAUGCUUACGAGCUGCCCUAACCUCGAGACACUCAACAUCGACUAUGAGCAUCGCCGCGGACAAGGCCAACAAAAGCCAACCGCUGACGAAUUCUUCCUAUGUUCUCGCUGGUCCGGCCUUCGCUCUCUCUCGCUCGUUAACUUGCGGUGCUCUACAGUCCACGGCCUGGACGCCGCUUCCACUUUCUUUGCCUCUCAUUCCAAUUUGGAGGUUUUGCACCUUGACUUCGGAGGCGAGAUUGGAUCCACCAACGGUGGUCCUCGGCUUACUCUCGAGCCCAACUCUCUCCCGAAGUUGCGCGAGUUGCACUGCAACCGAGAGGUUGCGUCUAUCAUUCUCUCGUGCCCUACCGACAUGCCACGGCCGCUCGAGAUCCUCAGAGGUGUACGCCUGAGCAAUUCGCCCAGAGACCAGCCCUUCUUGGCGGGUGUCAAGUCUGUAACAAGCUCGCUGAAGCGCCUGGAGCUCGACGGCUAUAACGAUAUCGACGACAUCAAGGCGCUCGUCGAAUGUGCCCCCAAGUUGACCUACCUCGAUAUCGGUAAGAAAACGAGCGAGAUCGCCGUGCAGCAACCCCGACGCGGGGACAGUUCCACCAAGGUUUCUCCGGCUAACAUCGCGUCCAACGUCAUGGAAUGGGGUCAGGUUCUCGAGUCACUUUCGGAGCUCGUCACUUUCCACGGCGUCAAGUUCUUCUACGAAGUCUCUAGCCUUACCUUGGCGACGCUUUCGAGUAUACACCCUGCAUCUCUUGCCCCAUCCGAGCAAAGUCGCGUGCGCAAGAAUGAUCAAGCCGCAAGCUUUUUAGCAUAUAAAUGCCCCAAGCUAAGGAGACUCGAUCACUGGGACGAGGCAACUGGCAAGGUAAUCGUGCUGCUGAGAGAAGCGAGCGACGUCAAGUGGGACAUUAGGCGCAGUGUAAAAGCUUAG